AUGGAACUAGGCCGAUCACUGAAUCAUUUCGGAUCGUAUCGUUCUAAAUUAACAAAUAUCGUCCUUGAAUCGUAUGGACAACCACAAAUCGUGAUACAAAUCGAAUCGUUGUUAAAACGAAUUGUUACACCCCUGGUUAUUACUAUAGUAACUAUAUAUAAAGAUAUAGUUAUAGUAACUGUAGAUAAAGAUACUUCAUAUAAAGUGGGACCUGUAAAACUUUUCUUAAAUAUUUUUUUAUGGUUUUAUUUAACUGUAAUAACUGUGGUGUAUAGGUAUUUAUCUCUCUGUAUCUGGCAUGUUACAGGAGGUGAUGUAGUAGACUGGCUGUACUCACGGGUUGAAGGAUUCAAAGACCGGCGUGAUGCUAGGAAAUAUGCCAGCGGCCUGCUCAAACACGGCUAUCUGAGACACACUGUCAACAAGAUCACCUUCUCUGAACAGUGUUACUACACAUUUGGAGAUCUCUGCCAAAACAUGGCUGCACUAAACUUGAAUGAGGGAUCGAGUGGUGCCGGUUCAGAGCAGGACACAUUGGCCCCUCUCCCCCCUCCGUCUACUAACCCGUGGCCCAUGGGCGGCCAGCCCUUCCCCUAUCCACCCUUCUCCACAGCGCCCUCUGGUUUCCCACCAGGAUAUUCCGACCCCUGCCACAGUUUCCACAGUGGCAGUGCAGGAAGUCAUCACAGUGAGGGAAGUCGAAGCAGUAGUUCCAACCCUAGCGUUGGGAGGAGCCAGCGGCCCGUGCCGAGGGACAAGGACCGCAAAGCAGCAGGCAGCGGCGGCAGCGAAUCGGAUUCAGGCAACAGAGCAGGUGGGAGGCGGGUUGAGCGUUCAGCCAGCCAGUUGAGCCACCGUAGCCAUACUCUCUCAUCUCGCAGCCACACUCAUUCCCGAGUCCCUUCCCAGCACAGCCGCACGUCCUUCUCCUACAGCCACACUCCCUUCUCCAAGUACGGCCACACCUCCUGUGCACUCAGCGAACGGAGCCACGCCUCCUCUUACGGGCCCCCGGGCCUGCCUCCUCCCUACAGCCUGGCCAGAUUGACCCCUAAGGGUGCUAUCAGCAGCGGGCCCCCUGGGGCCCCACCAGUCAGGGAGAUAGGGACCGUACCACCUGAACUCACCGCUAGUCGCCAGUCCUUCCAGCAUGCCAUGGGAAACCCUUGUGAGUUUUUUGUGGACAUAAUGUAAUCUGAGGAACAAAUAUUAUAAUCAAUUCUGUAAUCUCACAUGAUGAGUGCCAUUAAUACAUGCUCACUUUCACCAACAGCACAUGUGGCCGUACUGUAGUCAAGUUUGUGUGGAAGAUUGAGGAUCAUUUGUUAAGAUAAUCAUGUGUUGAGCGGAGGGAAAACAUAUCUGCACACACUACUAUUCUUAAGGGUCUGUAAGGUUUUGUCUCUUCUCAGCAAGGCUGCAUUUAUGUGAUCAAAAAAUACAGUAAUAUUGUGAAUAAUAACUCAUCUUUUUUCUCUGUAAUGGCAAAGCUUAAUUUUCAGCAUCAUUACUCCAGUCUUCGGGAUCACGUGAUUUGGUGCUCAAGAAACCUUUCUUAUU